AUGGAGGCCGCCAGGUUCGGCACGCAGAGCAGCCACUUGUACGGCGGCGGGCUGGGCGAGCUUGACCUCAACAGGCGCGAGAACAGGGUGUUUGGCUGGGACCUCAACGACUGGAGCUGGGACAGUCAGCGCUUUGUUGCCACACCGGUGCCUGCUGAGGCAGCAAAUGGCUCUGGAUUGAACAGCUCGCCGUCGUCGUCUGAGGAAGCCGAGGAAGAGGUGGCUAGGAAUGGUGGCUUGAGAGGUGACACUGAUAAAAGGAAAAGGGUUGUGGUCAUUGAUGAUGAUGAAACGGAGGAUCAGGAUACGGUCGUGAAUGGUGGCGGGUCGCUCAGCUUGAGAGUUGGGGGUAGUUCUGCUGGUGUUGGAGCGAUGGAGAACAGCGAUGUAAAUGAGGAUGAGAGAAACGGAAAGAAGAUCAGGGUGCAAGGAGGCAGCUCAAGUGGGCCGGCAUGCCAGGUUGAGGGCUGUGGAGCAGAUCUGACUGCAGCGAAGGAUUACCACCGUCGUCACAAGGUCUGCGAGAUGCAUGCUAAGGCCAGUACCGCCGUGGUCGGGGACACUGUCCAGAGGUUCUGCCAGCAAUGUAGUAGAUUUCACCUUCUUCAAGAAUUCGAUGAAGGGAAGCGAAGUUGCCGGCGACGCUUAGCAGGCCACAAUAGACGCAGGAGGAAAACUCACCCUGAUACUGCAAUUGGUGGGACUGCUUCAAUUGAGGACAAAGUCAGCAAUUAUUUAUUGUUGAGUCUUAUUGGAAUCUGUGCUAAUUUGAACUCUGACAACGUUCAGAAUUCAAACGGCCAGGAGUUGCUAUCCACUCUUUUGAAGAACCUAGGAUCUGUUGCCAAAUCACUGGAGCCAAAAGAACUAUGUAAACUCCUGGAGGCAUACCAAAGCCUGCAAAAUGGAUUGAAUGCUGGAGCCUCUGGAACAGCUAAUGCCGCAGAAGAGGCUGCAGGGCCAUCUAACUCUAAGCUGCCUUUUGUGAAUGGUAGUCAUUGUGGACAGGCAUCAUCAUCUGUUGUGCCAGUACAAUCGAAGGCUACCAUGGUGGUAAUUCCAGAGCCUGCAUCAUGCAAGCUUAAGGAUUUUGAUCUGAAUGACACUUGCAAUGAUAUGGAAAGCUUUGAGGAUGGGCAAGAAGGUUCACCUACACCUGCCUUUAAGACAGCUGACUCUCCUAAUUGCGCAUCAUGGAUGCAGCAAGAUUCUACUCAAAGUCCACCACAGACUAGUGGCAACUCAGAUUCAACAUCAACACAAUCAUUGUCAAGCUCAAAUGGAGACACUCAGUGCCGAACUGAUAAGAUUGUCUUCAAGCUUUUCAACAAAGUUCCCAGUGACUUACCUCCAGUUUUGCGGUCACAGAUUCUUGGUUGGUUGUCGAGUAGCCCUACUGAUAUAGAAAGCCAUAUUAGACCUGGCUGUAUUAUUCUGACAGUAUAUCUUCGGUUAGUUGAGUCUGCAUGGCAAGAGCUUUCUGAGAAUAUGAGCCUGCAUCUGGAUAAGCUUUUGAGUAGCUCCACUGACGACUUCUGGGCAUCUGGCUUGGUAUUUGUGAUGGUUCGACGCCACUUAGCUUUUAUGCUCAAUGGUCAAAUUAUGUUGGACAGACCCCUGGCACCCAGUUCUCAUGAUUACUGCAAGAUUUUAUGUGUCAAACCUGUUGCUGCACCUUAUUCUGCAACAAUAAAUUUCAGAGUCGAAGGUUUUAACCUACUCAGUACUUCCUCAAGGCUAAUUUGUUCAUUUGAAGGACGUUGUAUAUUCCAGGAAGACACGGACUCUGUAGCAGAGAAUGCUGAAUGUGAGGAUAGGGACAUCGAAUGCCUCAGUUUUUGUUGUUCUGUUCCUGGUCCAAGAGGAAGAGGAUUUAUAGAGGUCGAAGAUAGUGGUUUUAGCAAUGGCUUCUUCCCCUUCAUAAUUGCUGAGAAGGAUGUAUGCUCUGAGGUUUCUGAGCUGGAGAGCAUAUUUGAGUCCUCCAGUAACGAACAUGCAAAUGUUAAUGAUAAUGCCAGGGACCAAGCUCUGGAGUUUCUAAAUGAGCUGGGUUGGCUUCUUCAUAGAGCGAACAGAAUGUCUAAAGAGGAUGAAACUGAUACAUCUCUAGCUGCUUUUAACAUGUGGAGAUUCAGGAAUCUUGGUGUAUUUGCCAUGGAGCGGGAGUGGUGUGCUGUGAUCAAAAUGCUGUUAGAUUUCUUAUUUAUUGGCCUUGUUGAUGUGGGAUCCCGAUCUCCAGAAGAGGUGGUGCUUUCAGAAAAUUUGUUGCAUGCUGCUGUACGAAGGAAGUCUGUUAACAUGGUUAGAUUUCUGCUGAGAUACAAACCAAAUAAAAACUCGAAGGGAACUGCACAGACAUACUUAUUUAGACCUGAUGCUCUGGGCCCUUCAACGAUUACCCCCCUCCAUAUAGCAGCUGCCACUAGUGAUGCAGAGGACGUGUUGGAUGUGCUGACCGAUGAUCCUGGACUGAUUGGAAUUAGUGCUUGGAGCAAUGCACGGGACGAAACAGGUUUUACCCCAGAAGACUAUGCUCGGCAGAGAGGCAAUGAUGCUUACCUGAAUCUGGUCCAAAAGAAGAUGGAUAAGCAUCUUGGCAAAGGCCAGGUUGUCCUCGGUGUUCCGAGCAGUAUAUGCUCUGUAAUAACUGAUGGUGUUAAGCCUGGCGAUGUUAGCCUCGAGAUCUGCAGGCCAAUGUCUGCAUCAGUGCCAAGUUGCCUCCUCUGCAGCCGUCAGGCACGGGUGUAUCCAAAUUCUGCAUCAAGGACCUUCCUUUAUAGGCCAGCAAUGUUGACUGUGAUGGGAGUUGCUGUGGUUUGUGUCUGCGUGGGCAUACUCCUUCACACCUUUCCCAGGGUUUAUGCCGCGCCCACAUUCAGAUGGGAGUUGUUGGAGCGUGGACCGAUGUAA